GAGCGAUUUCAAGUCGAUGAGCGAAAGAUUUUACAAGGCUGACAUCUUCGGCGUCGAUUACGAAAACGGAGCGGAAGCCAAAAAAUUGAUCAACGACUGGGUGAGCAAUAAAACCGAGGGGCUCAUUCCGUCCAUGCUGAGCGAUGCUCCGAACGCCGAGACGCAAGCGAUAAUCGCGUCUGCCCUGUACUUCGAAGACGAGUGGACGACACAUUUUAUGCCGGAAGAGUUCACGAGAAGAGAAUCGAGUAUUAAUCUGAUAUACAAAUGUAGGAUGCCGUUUUACGUCGAAGAAAACGAGUCGCGCGAGAUCGAUAUGAUGGUGAACAUGAACAAAUUUAACUACCACCUGGACGAAGAUUUUGGAGCACAAAUUAUAGAACUUCCAUACGAAGGCUCCAAGCUCUCCAUGUACGUGCUCUUGCCGACCAAAGUAGGAUCGUCGCACUUGCGAGAGUUGAAGAAAAAAUUGACGUUCGAACGCAUCGAGGAUCUGAUCGGUAAGAUGAAGGAUACCCACUGCUCGCUGGGCCUGCCGAGGAUGCGUCUGUCGAGCGAGCUCGAGCUGCGAGACGUUCUCGGCGCCAUGGGACUCGAGACGCUGUUCGAUCCCGCGGCGGCCGAUCUGAGCUACGGCGAGCCGCGCAACAACAACAACAGCAGCAGCAGCCACGAGGAGAACGCAACGACGAGUAGUCGUCGCGCCUACCUCGACAAGAUCGUGCAGAAGGUCGAGAUGUCCGUGACGGAGAGCGGCACCAAGGCAGCGGCUGCCGGCUUAGGCAUAAUCGACCGAGCCGGCGGCGUUUACAAGAGAUUCCUGGCCGAUCAUCCUUUCUUGUUCUUCAUCAGGCACAAAGUCACCAAGUCUAUCUUGUUCUACGGCACCAUCAACAAACCCUAGAUCCGUGGAUUAAACCUCGAGUUGUCGCGUACAGUCGUCGUCGUCGUCGUCGUCGUAAUUUUUAUACAUGUACU